AUGCGUGAGGAAAACGCCGACCCGCCGCGCCGACCCGCCGCGCCGCCGCCAUCUUCAGCGCCCUCCCAGCUGACCGCGCGGGAGCGCGCCCAUUGGCCCGGCAGCGCCGGCACGUACACAGUCCGCCAUCUUUCUUUGGGGCGCCUGACGCCGCCGCCGCGCCUCGCAGCUUCGGGCAGCUCCGCCUCCUCAGGCUCUGAUUGGCUCUCGCUGAGAGCCCCGCCCCAUGACAGAACACCUGCCUUGGAGGUGGAGCAGUACAUUGGGGAAAUCAAAGGUGGACUGAGACCAGCCAUGAAAAUCACUGUCAUAGGGAUAGUGCAUUCCAACCCCAAGAGCUUUGCAGUGUCUCUGCUCUGUGAUCCAGUGGAUGCAAACAAAGAUGUUGGGCUGUUACUUACAGUUAAUUUCGGUGACAAAUCCAUCACCCGAAAUGCGCGAACUGGUGGGAAAUGGGGAAGAGAAGAGAAAAAUAUUCCCUACUUCCCAUUUACAGCAGGCGACACGUUUAAGAUGGAGCUCUUGUGCGAACACCAGCAAAUUCGGGUCUUGGUUGAUGGACGGCAGUUCUGUGAUUUCACUCACCGCAUUCAGGCCCUGAACUUGGUGAAAGCUUUGCAGAUCACAGGGGACAUCAAGCUUACCAAAGUGGCUUGAUAGAGAAGACAUCCUCGGUGUCAUCAGGGGACACAAACAAAUGUAGAGUUCAUGUGAGCUGAGAGGUCCCAGCAGCCGUGGAUUUCCUGGUCUACUCUGGAUCAGCAGUGGUAGCCGUAGCUGCAUUGCUUCAUCUUGUUUCUGAUUAAAAAUGGAUCUUUAUUGACAAGCUUCUGUAUUUCCUCUGUUAAAUAUUUCACUGCAUCUGAGUGUUAU